AAUGUGUUCUUCCCCCAAACUUUCCCCACCUCGCGCCGGAAGGCGUUUGUGCUCGCUGGAGAGAACGCGGAAAGCCUGUGGAGCAGCGGGCGAGGCGUGGGAAUCUCCCCCAUUUGCCUGGCUAACCGCAGCCGGGGCCGAGCGGCGCUGCGGCCGAGAUUUGGGGAAGUGGGAGCCGCUGGGCGGGGGCGUCCCGCGCCGAGCCGGCCCCGCAGUGUUUGUUUCCUUUCACUUCCUGCGGCAGCUGCUCCAGAUGAUGAGGAGGAGCGCGGGGCGAGGGCGGAGCGGCCGCGCGCCCCGGGUGUGAGCGCCCACCCGCUGCCGCCUCCCGGCCCCCCAGGCUCGGGCCAUGCGUGCGCCCUGAGUACGGUCGGUCGGAGUUGUGGCCCGGCGACUUCGGAGGUCAUGCUGGCUCGCUUUUGAGUGGCCUGGGGAGAGUGAAGAAACCCCAAAAUGGAGGACUUUUCUACCAGGACCUACGGCACCAGUGGCCUGGACAACAGACCCCUGUUUGGGGAGACGUCGGCCAAGGAUCGAAUCAUCAAUUUAGUUGUUGGCAGCUUAACAUCUUUAUUGAUUCUAGUAACGCUGAUCAGUGCUUUUGUUUUCCCUCAAGUACCUCCAAAACCGUUGAAUAUAUUUUUUGCUGUCUGCAUCUCUUUGAGUAGUAUUACUGCCUGCAUACUUAUCUACUGGUAUCGACAAGGAGACUUAGAACCAAAAUUUAGAAAACUCAUUUACUAUAUCAUAUUUUCUAUCAUCAUGUUAUGUAUAUGUGCAAACCUAUACUUCCACGAUGUGGGAAGGUGAGGCUACCCAGGAGAAAUACUUACCAGGACUCUUCAAUUUGACAAAAUAGGACAGCGAGUAAUUGUUGGAUAAGGUAUGCUGAAGAAUCUCCUGCAGAAGCCUGAUACAUGAUUUUCAUGUUAAUUGUAAAUCUAAAUUCCCUUUUGCAAGGGAGACAUAUAGAUCAUUUUGCUUUUCCUUUAGGAGCUGAUGCUGCACUUACAAUAUUCCAACUUUCACUUUUGAGAUUAAAAUUUUUUAUAAUUAACUGCAUGGCAAAAGGCUAUGUAACAAACAGUCUUGAAAUUUAAGACAAAUAUUCUUUUAUUUCUGUUAAAUUGAAUAUACAAUUGUUCCCUAGGCAACCAACUUUUGUUUAUAACUACAACUAAAUUUCACAUUAACAAAACACAGAUGGUGAAAAGACAACUUUGAUUGUGAAGAUCUAAUUACAAUAAUAAAUAAAAUAAUUUAUACAAG